AUGGACUUGAAAAAGUUGGUGGAAGGCACUCUAGACGAUCUGGACAAAAAAGGUCUGAAGAGUUUUAAGUGGCACCUAAUAAAUCUGAAAGAGGAUGUGGAUGGCUUUCCUAAUAUCGCAAAGAACAAGCUACCAGAGUGUGCUGACAGUCAGGACACUGUGGAUAAGAUGGUUGAAAGAUAUGAAAGCCCAGAAGAAGCCUGCAAGGUCGCAGUGUUCGUUUUACGCAAAAUGGAAAAUCGCCUUCUUGCCAAGAAGGUGGAGGAUCGUGCACUGCAGUCCCCUGGAGGUCAAAUGCUCUAAUUACAUAACCUAUACUCUAGGAAAUGGAUACAAAUGUCCCAUGGAAGUAAUUGGCAUUAUAGAAAGUUCAGGAAAUUAUUAUUCAGUUGAGAGAGAGGACAGUCACACACAAAAUAAGCAAUUAAGCCUCUUGCAAGUAAAUGCCAAUGUGUCUAUUCAUGAAACCAGCAUUAAACAUCUUACCAUCUGGUGUAAAGGCUUAAUGGUCUACCUUGGGCUACUUCUCAAAUUUGUAUGCAGACUGAGGGCCAAAUUGAUGGCAUGCCAUUUGAUUAUGUGGCCCAAUCUCCUACUGAAAAUACUAGCCUCAGGGCGGCAACUCAUUCCCCUUCUCAAGAAGCAGCCCAUGCACACUUCCAAAACAGCCCAAGACUGCAGGGAUUAUCCCACUGCUGCAACCAGUGUAGCUAUCAAGAGGGAACAGCGUGGGGCUUGAACCAGUGACCCUGUAGUUAUGAGAUAUGAGGCGCAAUGCCAUCUGUCCCACCAGUAGCUCACCUGCUAACUCAUACGUCUGUUAAAUUUAGACUGGUUUUCUCUGUGUUUUUCAGCUGUUCCUGUCCAGGAUCAGGAUCAGGAUGGCUGCAUGUCAUGGCUGCGUGGCAAGAUGAAGACCCCUGCAGAGAAGGAAAAGGUAGGUACCCAAGACAACAAGAGGUGAUUGCUCAGUUAAGGUCCACAAAGUUUGUCCAGGCCUCUGGAACAAUAACUAUUAGUAUAAGACUGUGACAUUUUCAGACAUCAAACCCAGUAGUAAAAAUUAUAGUAGCUCUGGAAUUAGAAUGACAUUUGAUAAUUUAAUACAAUGAUGGCUAUAUUAACACUAAACCAGGCUAGGGCAGUUUCUGGGUGUCUGAUAACAGGAAGCCCCAUUCAAACCAAGGGAUGGAAAACAACUGGAAGAUUAUAAUAUAGCUUUGCCGUGUAAAUCAAAUGUGUUGGUAUAAGGCAAAAUAGGCUUUGUUAAAAAAACAUGUGGUGUGACUAAUAGCUGCCUUGAAGUGGUAGGGACCAAGACAUAACGGUUACCAUUUAAUCAUGCAGAACACAUUUUGAAUGGAAUUAGGUAAUUGGAUAAUUGGAUAAUGAGCCCACAAUAAACCUAGGACAUUUUUGGGUCAGACGUGUGAUGUGAAUGUGAAAUUAGUUUGUGUGUAACUGACAGCUGACUAUACUUUUUACAGGAGGGUUGCUAUAGCAUGGCCAGCAACUGCAGAGGUGUCUGUGUGAUCAUCAACAAUGUGGACUUUGGGAAUGAAGAGAAAAACAGAGAGGGAUCAGACAUUGAUGCUGGUAGAUAUUCUAUUUGUCAGCAGCUGAACAUUCGGCUUGCUCUUUUUCUGUUUCAGUAGUUUACAGUUUGACGAGGUAGAAUUAGGAAAAGGAGAAGUGAGGAGCAGUAGAAGGAGGAUAUUUGAAGUGUCUGAGUGUUGAGUCUUCUCUUCUCCUACAGCGGCGCUAGCAGAAGUGUUCAGCUGGCUGAAGUUCAGGGUGGUGAUGUGCAAGGACAAGACUGCAGAGGAGAUUCCCAGUGUGCUGAAGGUCUUCUCUGAGCUGAAGCAGUUAUCUGAUCUGCAACCGUACGAUGUGAAGGAGUGGGUCGGUGGUCAGUUCACUGAUCUAAAGGAUCUUCCUAAGCAUGGCGACGCCUUCGUCUGCUGCAUUCUGAGUCAUGGAAACAAGGAGGGAGUCUGUGGCACAGAUGGAACGGUCGUCCCCAUCAAUAAGAUCCGUGCACCUUUCAACGGAGAGAAAUGCACGAUCCUUGUUGGAAAGCCCAAAUUGUUCUUCAUCCAGGCGUGUCGGGGGAGUUCCAGACAGAAGGGAGUGCAGGUGCCGAAGAAGAACCAUGUAGAGGACAGGGAUCUGCAGGCAGACGACAACCAAGAACAAAACUACACUCUUCCAAUAUAUUCCGAUUUCCUGGUUUUCAUGGCCAACGUAGAGCAGUAUGUCUCCAUCAGGAACAAAGCCAGAGGGUCCUGGUUCAUCCAGUCUCUGUGUCGCCAACUGAAAGACGGCUGCCUCAGGUGAUGCCUGAUUAAAUAUCCUGCUGGAAAACUCAAAUAUGUACAACAAUUUUCAGAUUUGAGAAGGAGUGUAAUCACUGCUAUUUGGCAAUAUUUGUUGAUUUCGAAACCAGAGUGUGUAAAAUCUUGACACCUGCCAUGUCUACCGUCUAGUCAAUGCCUAUCCUAUUUAACUUAUGCUACACACACCUUUUCUAUCCAUAUACCGUCCAUGUUUAUACAUCCCAUCAAAUACUGUACCUACAGUAUACAGUGCAUUCGGAAAGUAUUCAGACCCCUUUACUUUUUUCAAAUGUUGUUACGUUACUGACUUAUUCUAAAAUGGAUUAAAUCGUUUUUUUCCCCUCAUCAAUCUACACAUAAUACCCCAUAAUGACAAAGCAAAAACUGGUUUUUGGAUAUUUUUGCAAAAGAACAUUUAAAAAAAAAAAAAUACUUUUCGAAUAUAUUCCAGACUCUGACAUUGUUCGUUCUAAUAUUUAUAUAUUUCUUAAUUCCUUUCAUUUUAGGAUUUGCGUGUAUUGUUUUGUAUUCGUAUUCCUGCACUGUUGGAGCUAGGAACAUAAGCAUUUAGCUACACCCACGAUAACUGCUAAAUAUUUGUACGGGACCAAUAACAUUUGAUUUGAUUUACAAAACGGACAUUUUGGACUCAAGGAUUCUAAAGCUAGUUUUUGGAAGUGUUAGACAUGGCAGCUGUGGACCUUCAGAAACCAGUGAGGAGUUUAGAAGGAAUGCUUUGACUAUAGUCAAAGAUCCUACACACUCCAGUUCAGACUGUUUGGAUAUUUAUUGGGACCCAAACCCUUUUAAUCAGGCCACAAUAGUCCGCUCUGGCUAGUUUGCGACAAUUAAAGAUUAAAGCAUGGCUGGACAAUAUAAAUGCUAACCAACCUCUGUUCAUAUCAGCUUGAAAUUCACAGUAGAUGUUUAUGUCCUCAGUUGAUUCGUUUUGUUGACAUCUUAUUUCAUGGUGUGUGUCUCCUGUUCUCUGCAGAGGGGAAGACAUCCAUGCUAUCAUCACCCUGGUCAAUGCUGAAGUGUGCCGGAAAGAAUGUGAACUUCCUGUUAAGGAUGAACAUGGUAAAGUCCUUUACUAUGAGCAGGUUAAGCAAUCACCGGAUUCCAGUCACACCCUGACGAAGACACUCAUCUUUCCUGCACCUUGA